AUGGUUUCUUACAAAGAAAUACAAGCCUCCAACGCGCUCAUCAACGAUGCAACGGCCCCACGCGUCGCCGUCUUCGUUGGCGGUACAUCAGGCAUCGGAAAAUUGACGAUUAGGGCCUUAGUCGCUACCGGUGCGACUGUGAGAAUCUACCUAGUCGGGCGCAAGAGUGCUGAAGAGCGCACGCAUGCUUUCAUCCAGGAGUUGCACGCCAUCAACCCCAAGGCGGAAGUCAUUUGGACCGAAGGCGAGGUCGCCCUCCUCGCGGAAACAAAAAGAGUAUGCGAGGUCAUCAAGAGCAAGGAGUCACGCGUCGACUUACUGUUCCUUACCGCGGGCUACGCACCAUUUGGCACACGCAGGGAGACUACCGAGGGCUUGGAAGUCGCUCAGAGCCUUUCCUACUACUCGCGAAUGCUGUUCAUUCUGCAUCUUCUCCCCCUCCUAGGCGCAGCGGAAGCUCCCAGGGUCGUCAGCGUUUUGGGCGGUGGGAUGGAGCGGGCGAGUAGUAUCAACUUGGGCGAUUUGGACUUGAAAAAGCCUGGGAAUUUUGGCGGCAUAACGGCUCAGACGCAAAAUAUAGCUUUGAACACGACGACUUUGGAGAAGCUGGCCAACGACAAUCCCAAUGUGACGUUUAUCCACUCCUGGCCCGGGUGGGUCAACACAGGAAAUGUAAGAAGGGGUUCACCGGGCUUGAUCAUGGCCUGGUUCAUCCGGCUUAUUCUUGACCCUCUUGUUCGCCUAUUGUCACUUAGCGAUGAGGAGUCUGGACAGAGGCAUUUGUUCCAGUGUACCAGCGCUGCUUUUGGCGGUCGUGGCGUACAAUGGAAGGGCAAACCAGGGAUAAAUUCGCUGGAGAAGCCGGCGGAUGGACUAUUUCUCAUUAAUUUUAGGUGCAACUGUACUCCGAAUGCAAAGGUCAUGCCUUUGCUUCGAGAGAAGGCGCUAGGGAAGGUUUGGGACCACACGCAGGAAGUUCUUCGUCCAUAUUUGUAG